AUGUCCAAAUCCAAACAAACUGGGCUGUCGGUAGUGGAACCAUUCUUGAUCAGACUUGCACAUGAGAACCCUGGACCUUUACGCCAUCCUCUCGACUUUCAGGGAUUGCUGCAGAAGACAACUUCUCUGUUUCUUCUGAACACACCAGAGUCCACCGAGAUGCAAUCAACCGAGGAACGAUCAAUCCAAUCGGAUCCCUGGGAAGCGGUGACGAUGCCGCGUCGACACAGCCAAAGUAACGAGGAUGAUGGGAAGGGCAAGAAAGCGAAUAAGACGGCGGCCAGUGAGGUCAUGAAACGCAUCGAGGUCAUCGAUCCUGAUGAUAUUAAGAUCAUCAAGCGCUACGACAAUCACAUUGGUAUCGUUCCGAUCGAAGUCUUGUCUUGCCAACAACCGUGCGGAAAUCACGGCUCAUGUUGUGUCAUCGCCAUCUCAAGGUCAAUGGGUCAAUGA